UCAUUCCAGUCUAGAAGAUACAACAAUGUCCAAUUCUAGCUCAGGCCUCACCAAUAUCAAUGAAUAUAUAACUGGAUGCAUAUAUACAUAAUGGUAACAUUGGCAGGGGAAAUGAUUCAAGAACUAGAUUCAUAUGCCGGCAAGUUGGAAUUGAGUAUCCAAUAAAAAUUGUAGCACUAUACAUAGAAACAGAGAAGGGUUGCACAAGAGAUGAAGCAAGCAUGUUUCUUCUCUUUCUACCUGCUGCUAGCAUCACUAACUUUGGCUCUUGCAAUCACCAGAGAAGAUUUUCCACCAGGCUUCAUCUUUGGUGCUGGUACCUCUGCUUACCAGGCUGAAGGUGCAGUUGCAGAAGAUGGUAGAAAACCCAGCAUCUGGGAUACCUAUGCACAUGCAGGAAAAAAUAUGGAUAAGAGCACAGCAGAUACAACAGCAGAUCAGUAUCACAAAUACAAGGAGGAUGUGAAGUUGAUGCAUGAGAUGGGCUUGGAUGCUUACAGGUUUUCUAUCUCUUGGUCUAGGCUUAUUCCUGAUGGGAGAGGACCUGUUAAUCCCAAAGGCUUGCAAUACUAUAACAAUUUCAUCAAUGAGCUCCUUAUCCAUGGAAUCGAGCCUCACGUUACUCUUCAGCACUUCGAUCUUCCUCAAGCCUUGGAGGAUGAAUACGGUGGACAUGUGAGCAGACGCAUAGUAGAGGAUUUCACAGCUUACGCUGACGUUUGCUUCAGAGAAUUUGGCGACAGAGUGAAAUACUGGGGCACUUUCAAUGAGCCCAACAUUGAAGCAGUUGGAGGCUUCGAUGUCGGGCUAUUGGCACCUGGUCGUUGCUCUUAUCCUUUUGGUAUCAGUUGUUCAGAGGGUGACUCCACAACAGAACCAUACAUUGCAGUUCAUAACAUCUUGCUUGCACAUGCCUCAGCAGUCUCCUUGUACAAGCAAAAGUAUCAGGUAUCACAAAGAGGCUAUAUAGGAUUGGACGUCCUAGGAUUCUGGUUUGAGCCAUAUACAGACUCCAAAGAGGAUAUUGCUGCAACAAAGAGAUUGCUUGAUUUUCACAUUGGAUGGCUCAUGGACCCUCUAGUGUUUGGCUCUUACCCUGCUGUCAUGAAAGAGAUUGCGGGCUCAAGACUACCAUCCUUCACUGCAGAAGAAUCUAAAAUGCUGAGAGGAUCAUUUGACUACAUUGGACUCAAUCACUACAAUGUAUUCUAUGUGAAAGCCUACCCCCAAGCUUUGGAUAGCAAAAGGAGGGACUAUGUCAGAGAUACAUCUGUAAAAUUAUUGUUUGAUCAAGAUUCCAAGGAGCUGUCAUCGAAGGAUUUUGUCAAGAAACAACAACUGCCACCAGUUGCUGCAAAACCAUGGGCUUUUCAAAAGAUACUCGAGCACGUCAAGCUACGAUAUGAGAAUCCUUCAAUUAUAAUUCAUGAAAACGGCUACGCGGAAUUUGAUAUCAACUCGACCACUCAGAACCAAAAUGAUACUUACAGGGCAUACUACAUAGAACAAUAUAUAGAAGCCUUGCUUCUAGCAAUAAGAAAUGGAUCGAACACUAAAGGGUAUUUCGUAUGGUCUUUUUUGGAUUGUUUCGAGCUCGCAUACGGUUACACUGCUCGAUAUGGUCUUUAUGGAGUUGAUUUUAAUUCAGAAGACAGAACAAGAUUCCCCAGGCUUUCUGCUCAUUGGUAUUCUCAGUUCCUCAAAAAUACCACAAUGCAGACAUCAAAUCAAAUUGAUAUCCAGCGAAAUGAGACCAAGUAUUUAGACCCAAAGAUUUGUCGACAAUACAAAAGAAAACGGCUUCUGAAACAAAUCUUCAUGAACACAUCCACUUUUCUAAGUGCAUUAGUUUUUCAUGUUGUUCGCGCCGUAAUGUAAUCCCUCUGAUUGUUCAUUGCACUUCCUACCUUAAGAAAUUAACUGAUAAGGGUUAUAGGUUUACUGGUGCUGUAAGUUUUUUGGGUUUUGAAUCCAUCUAUUUGGUUUUGACUGCAGGUAUAAUUGUUUGGUUUUGGAUAAAAUUGAUAUGUUGUUUAGCAUGA